AUGGAUUGGACGACAAGUAAUUCGGUAGGGGCGUCGGGAGGAAUGGUAAUAUUAUGGAAGAAAGGAUCGUUAGAGCUUAAUCACAGUUUCAUCGGAAGUGGUUUUGUUGGUAUUAAUGUUGUUUGGAAAGGUUCUUGUAUCAAUCUUGUGAACAUUUACGCUCCUUGUAGUGCAAGGCCAAGGAGAGAUCUACGGAGGUCGUUGUUAGAAAGAAGGGGUAGAAGUAUUAACGAGGAAUGGUGCCUUGGCGAUGACUUCAAUGAAGUCACGGGCAGCGUUGAAAGAUUAGGGGAAGGUGGCUACUUUUGUAGGAGAGGAACGGAGGAGUUCAGGGAUUUCAUUGGUCGUAUGGGGGUUGUAGACAUUCCAUGUGUGGGAGGCAAGUACACUUGGUUUAAGAACAACGGUAAAGCUAUAAUUAGACUUGAUAGAUUUUUGGUUUCUAAAAAUUUGAUUGAAGUUUGGGGAGUGAUGGAUCAAAGGAUAGGAAUGGUCGAAGAUGUUGGUUCAAGGAAGGGGGAUUUCGUGUUGUUUGAGAAGCUUCAAAGGUUGAAAGUGCGUCUUAAAGAGUCGACUCGGGAGGUUUUUGGGUGGAUAGAUUUAAAGGUGGACAAAGAGGUGGGAAUUAUCAAUGAGACGGAUGAAAUGUUGGUGGAAAAUUUUGGGGGCGGCAUUGAAGGUUUCGUAGAGACGAGAAGGAAAACUACUAACGAAGUGUGGAAGACGUUAAGCUUGAAAGAGAGUAUGUUAAGGCUUAAGUCUAGGCAAUUGUGGUUGAAGGACGGGGACAAGAGUACUCGGUUUUUCCAUAACUCUCUCAAGAAGAGGUAUCGUAAGAAUGCUAUUUUGGUGUUGGAAGGAAGGGAUGGUAGGGUGGAAGGGGUAGAAGAGGUGAAGGAGGAGGUUAAAAACCACUUUGAGAAUUUCUUCAAAGAAGAAGAUUUUUUUAGGGCGGUGCCGAAGGGCUUGAAUCUUAAUUGCUUGAAUGAAGAGGAUAGAGAGUGGUUGGAAAGGGUGCCUUUGGUAGAAGAGAUAAAGGAGGAGGUAUGGGAUUGUGAUGGUAACAAGAGUCCGGGUCCGGAUGGUUUUACUCUCGCGUUUUUCCAACUUUGUUGGGAAACGAUUAAGGGUGAUAUCGUUAGAUUCGUGAAGGACUUCUUUCAUAAGGCAAGGCUCACUAAAGGUUGUACUUCUUCUUUUUUAGCUUUAAUACCAAAAGUUAAAAAUCCUCAAUCUUUAUCGGAGUUUAGACCAAUUUUUUUAGUGGGGUAUUUGUAUAAGAUACCAGCGAAGCUCUUAGCAAGUAGGUUGAGAAGAGUUAUUGGGAAGUUGGUCUCAAGUAAUCAAACGGCGUUUGUCCCGGGAAGAAAUAUCGCGGAUGGGGUUCUAUUCGUGAAUGAGGUGUUGGACCUAGCCAAAAGAGAAAAACGGAGUUGUGUGGUUUUGAAGGUUGAUUUUGAGAAAGCCUACGAUCGGGUUCUUAUGGAUUUGAUGAGAAAGGCCAUCACUAUUGGUGAUUUCCAUGAUUUCAAGAUAAAUGAUGUGGAGGAGGUUAGUAUGCUCCAAUUCGCGGACGAUAUCAUAAUUAUUGGGGAAGGAGACACCUCUAAUUUGUGGCGCAUGAAAACGAUUCUUAGGGGCUUUGAGAUAAUGUCGGGUUUGAGGAUCAAUUUUCAUAAGAGUAACAUAUAUGGAAUUAACGUAGGAGAAGGGUACCUAGAGGCGGCCUCUACCUUCCUUUUGUGCAAGGUAGAUAGUCUACCGUUUAAAUUUCUCAGAGUUAGGGUGGGUGAUAGUCCGAGGAAGAUUUCCAUGUGGCGGGAGUUGAUUUUGGUUUCGAAGAAUAGAUUGGCGGUGUGGAAAGGUGUUGUUACGUGCAAGGUAGGGGACCGGCGGGAAGUACCGUUUGGGUACGGAUGCUGGGCAGACUCUCAGCCGUUGAUGGUGAUUUUUCCGGAGCUUUAUCGUAAAAGCUUCAUCGUACGUGUGGAAGGUUAA